CAUGACGGCGUUUCGCAUCGGGGAAGGCUGUUUUUGCUGUCUUUUAGAUUUUAGCAUGACCAAUUGCAGAGUUCUAGUUUAACACGACAUCCUUUGCGACUGAUCAAACGAGUGGUGCAACAAGUGAAAAAGAUGUAUGGUGCAACUACAAAGGGGGUCCAAGGCCAUAUGAGUCGUGGUGGUCGAAAUAGUCGUGGGCGAGAGCUCUAUUACAAUGAAGUUGCUGAGGGAGAAGGUGGUAGUGGCGGAAUAGGGGGCGGCACAACGUCUUCAUCGUCAAGCGCAAGGAUGAUUUCGCCAAGAGUAGACGAAGCAGGUCACAAUAAUAGACAACGCAGUCCCCUGUAAGCGAACAAGAAGAUGAUGGAACUGGGUGAUUGGAGCAUGAACUUCCAGGAUAAACACCAGGGGGUUUAGAUUAAGUAUUGAGAAGAUCAAGAUGAAAGUCAUCGUAACUUUUUUUCUGUUGAUGAUAGAAGAUUAGAAGUUACACUGUUUAUUUUCUUUUGUUUGAGACAUCACGAAUUAUAUCCAUCAGAGGACCUGUUAAUGUGUAUUCUGAGUAGAAGUACUUAGUAUGUUGUAAUAGUUUUAGUUUAUUAAUUUGACUCUCUAAUUCAACAUCACUGGAGAGCAUAAUCAACCAGUACUCAGGUAGAUUUUGAGCAGUGACAUCCAGAUCCAUUCGAACUUACUGGAAGUCAACAACGAUCGCAGCAUAGAAAGCUGGUUAUUAGUAUUAGAAAUCAAAACCAACAGGCAUUGACGUUGUGAUAUAAUCCUAUGAUAGAAUUUUUUUGAGGUUCUACUUGAGUACUUAGUUUAUUAUUUAGCUUGCGAUUACAUUGCGCACCACGACACGAAACCAAAAUCAUGGCAUAUUAUUCGAAAAAUUUGGCGACCAUAAUAUUCUUGAGGAGUUCAGCCCUCGGAGUUGAGCAAUGUCGAUGUCGAUCUAAGUAAGUAUAUCUUUCCAUAAGCUUGAGACUGAGAUUGUAAUUAGGAGUGUUUUUUUCCUAUGAAGAGAUCGAACGCUGCACAGCUGUACUUUCAGAGAAAAUAAUACUGUUUUCACCACAUCAUAAAACGUACCAGAACAGAGUCGUACCAACGUAGUAGAGAAGUGGGACGCUCUUCAUAUACAAGAACUACCAUUCUUAUAGCAGGAUACAACUUUUUAUUCUCAUGAUUUGUUUCCUAGAAAUUCAAGAAGUCAAAGUUGUAUGGGAAAUCAUAUGGUGUCGUACUUCUAGUUGAAAUCUCGUGCAUGAUUGGUGAGAAGAAACUAGUGUUAAAGAGAUUGGUGAGAAGAAACUAGUGUUAAAGAUGUGGUAAAGAAAGAGCCCUACAUUAAUUGACAAUGUAGUAAAGAAAGAGCCCCUUGCACUUCAAAGAUGAGUUGUAUCAAUCUGCUUACAUCAUCGACCAAACACGAGCAAUAUGCUGAGGAACAAGCAUGUCGAACAACAUUCGUUUUUUGAUUUUUUUUGGCGUGACAUCGACAGCUGCAAGGCAGCGUCUUUUUCAGCAGUGAUGUCCUCAUGUCUACUCGUCCUCGCAGUGUGAUGAGCACACUCCUGUUGAUGAACACAAAGUUUCACGCACUCCUGUUGAUGAAAGUGAGCAGGUCAUCAUGGUGCUUCCACGUCAU